AUGUCAAGUGAUAUUCUACAAGAAAUCCUGAUCGAGUUUAUAGAAGUAUGGCUGCACAACGUUAUCUACAGAGCUAAUCUCUACCCCUCUCAAAUAUUCAGAUCCCGCUACAAAUACAACGUCUCAGUUAAACAGUCCACUUUCCCCCCUCUUAACAAUUACAUCAGAACUCUUGUUUUAUCCCUUCAACCACAACUCCGCCAGCAAGCCAUCCACAGUCUCACUGUUAACAUCUCCCUAGAACUGAAGAUCCAGGAAUCGUUCGCUCUUACUGUUUCGUACCCUGAUGAAAUUGACUCCCAAUCUGAUAACGAGCCUCCAGAAAAAGUGCUAUCUUCCUGCAAAGACUCCUUCAGAGGUCAUAUAGUUAGUGUUUUAAACAGUGACAGUAAGCAGGACAGUGAACUCUCUGAGAAGAGAACGUUUAGUGUAAGUGUUAAGACAAGUGAGUUGGCUGGAUGCCAGAUGAGUGGGUGGUGUGAUGAGAGUGUGGCAGAACUCGAUGUUGCCAGUUUGGUAGUGCAACCCUUACUGUUCACUGAUGUUGGGCUUGUCAGAGUGCAGUCCACUCAUCGGAUAUGA